AAUUGCAUCGUGCUCUGAUUUUGUCAUUUACUUUAGACAUUUAAGAAAAAUUAUUGCUGUGAAAAAAGCACUCGAAACCAAAAAAUAAAAAGCAGGAAAAAUGUUAAAUAACGUUAUUGUUAAAGUGAUUUACGCGAAACGGAAGUGUAAACUACACAUUCGCACAUAAACAUUAUUGCUUUAUAUAUUCUAUAUAUAUAUAUAUAUGUGUUAUAUAUAGUGUAUGAGUUUAUCAAUUGUUGUUUUUUUUUUUUAAUACCACAAAAUUUGAAGAAAAGCACAAAACGCGUUGGAUUUUUAUGGCUCAGACACACCCGUAAAAUUUGCGUACGUAAAUAAAAUAAUCAGGGCGGAAGUGAGAUAUUAAUCCAAUCCAAUAUAACACGCAAAGCCAUGCAACUUAUGCAAUUAUGCGUAUCCAAGUAUUUUAUUAGCUGCAAUCGCCUGCACAAUAAAAAAUUUAUUAAUUAUGUGCAUGUGAAGAGCCUUCAAAAACGAAAAUGCUUAAAGUGCGAGAUAACCUUAACUGAAUUGAUAACGAUAAUUCAUUAUCGACCAUAUGUUAACUUGUUGUCACUUGUAAUGGUGGCGCAGUAAACGCUUGUCAGUACCGGUAAGAAGCAUAAUGGGUAACGCACAUGCACCUCCAGCUAUGAAGUAUACGGAUAGCGAUAGAGCUGGCAAUAGCGAGGGCUUGGUGAAACGUGCUUCCAUCAAAAGUCGACGUGGUAGUCGUGUGAAAGUCUUAGGACUUUUAAGUCAAAAAAAGUUUCCAAAGGAGUCAAUAACACCGACGACUUCUAUAAUGGGAAUUCCUAAUGAAUACAGCCCGGGCAGCCUUUAUGGGGAUUGCAUAGACGAAAGUAGUCAAGAAAGCUUCGAUAGUAUUUUGCAAAAGGCAUUUUACAACAAUAACGAUAAUGAUGAUGAUAUCGAUAGUGAUAAUAAUUGUGAUGUUAAUGUUGGAAACGGUGGAGAUGAGAAUCGCAUAAUUGACAUAACAACUAACUCUCGUCGUCAUUAUUCAUUAACUGAAAUCGAAAACUGUGAUAACUUGGCUAUAAGGGACUUGUCAUCAAACUCUGAUUCACUCUUUGCAGAUACACCUUUAUCAACACAAAGCACCGGUACACCGCUGGCAGCUGUUGUAGCUGAACAAUGUCUAACUCUCUCUGAUGGUGAUGCAACAAAUUAUCCAAACACUGUAGAAACGUUGCAUUCCGUAAAUAAUAAUCUUCAUACGCGUGACUUAUUACAUUCCCGUUUAGUGCGCUCGCCAAGUGCAUUUAAUGCCUUAAAUGAUAUAAAAGAAACACGAAACCGACCACUUAGUGGUAUUAGCAUUAAUUCGGCUGCUACUUCCAGCAUUUUGUCACCAACUACAGCAAGGGCGAUUUUAGAUUUGCAAAGACGCCAUCAGGCGGACAAACUAUCGCAGCUAUCGGUAUCGAAAACUACAUUUUUAGAAUUAUUACCCUCCCGGGAAGCCUCAACCGAAUCCAGUCCAGAAUUAGAAGCCGAAUGCAUCGAUGAGCAAAUGGCUAUGCAUUUAGGUACAAAAUUAGCUCAGUUACUAAGCGAGAGCAAUAGUAACAGUAAUGGCACUACUGCUGCCAUCAGUACGAUGAGUGUCUCUAAUGUUAACUGUUAUUCAAACACUUUACCAAUUGAUCAUAUGACACUUUGCACUGCCACGCCAGCGACCGCAAUACCUUCUAAUGAAUUAUUUAACAUAUCCAAGGCGAAAAAAAUCGAUUUGCCCAGUUUAUCGUGUCCUUUAAGGGCCAGCACCCCACAAACAGAAUCGCUCAAUGUGAAUAACGUACCAGUUACGUCUUCACCUUCAUCAGGCAGAAGGGCGGUAACUUCGCCGGAAACUCAGUCAACCGUUAUCAUUUCAUUUAAAUCAUCCCAAACACCUGUUCAGUCUCAAACGACAACACCCGAAGAGAAUGAGUAUUUCCGCGAAACGUGCGGCAAUGUUGCUUUACCCAUCCAAGAAAAGUCUGCUCAUGAAUCAUUGCCACGCAAUUUUAUUAACAGCACAGCUCGACCAACCACACCAACAACACCCAGAGCCUCCAAAAACAACGUGCUUAGGAAAGUUGCUACAUUUACGGUUGAAAAGACACCACCAACUACCAAUGCCAACAUUAUUAGUGGCGUUAGUUCUAUUACUGGUACGUCAACGCAUAUGGAGAAUAUCAGCGGAAAACGUUCUUAUUAUGUACCAGAAAAAUUAAAUUUUGCUUCAUAUGAAAAAUUCGAAGGUCAAAUGCUUAUGAAAUGGUUCAUGUCCUCACUGCAAGCGAAUAACGCUUUAAAUCUACAUGAACAGGAAAUGACUGCCCUUACGCUUCAGUAUUGCAAUAAUCUAAUUCAAGUUGGAGUUUUAAAGCAAAUUUCCGAGAAAAAUGAUUUGGAAACAUUUAGUCCUUUUCAAAUGUAUCAAUGGACACAUACUGAGGCGCCUACGACAUCGCAGCCACUAACUCCCGGUAAGUUGGAUAAAACUUCUGCCUGGCCUUACAGCGUUGCUUCCGUUGGAACUGAGACACCAAAAACAUCGAAAAGUGUUCAAUUGUAUGAAACGUUACGCAAAACACCGAAACGAUCUUCGCAGCUAACGGAUCUAUUGAAUGCCAGCGAAACUACAAUUUAUCAAUACGAAAAAAUUAAUGAUAAUACUAGCUCGGGUUGUGAAAGUGAUAUACUGGAAGCUGCAGUACAAACGGAUUCCAUUUUUGGGGAAACUCCAUGUUCUCAGUGCAGAAAUAUCAUAAGUAAUAUAGAGAGUAAAAAAACUUGCGAUAAGGAAAUUCAGGUUAGAAUUUAUACCGAAGACGAAGAAAGUACAAACGCAAAUAUUUGCCGCACACCAUCUCAGCCUUCAUCUUUAGUAUCGCAGCCUCCGCCACCACCGCCUCCGCCUCCAUUACAAGCCAAUUUCCCGCCACCACCGCCUCCGCCCCCUUUAAAAACCAAUUUUCCGCCCCCACCGCCUCCGCCACCUUUGCAAGCCAAUUUUCCGCUAGCGCCAGCACAAAUUAAAGAUACGAAAUUAGCGCCUCCCCCUCCUCCACCUUCUGCACCCACGCCAAAGGACAGUGCUGAAGUGCCAGCAUCUCUUCCUCCAGUAGAAAUGCAAAAAUCGGCAGCCGCUAAUUCGCCUGCCCCACUUCCCAAUCCGGCUGGAAGCAGUUGGUUUCGCCAUAACAGUAUGCUACGCAAGACGGCUGUAAAUCCUCCGAAACCGAUGAAACCCCUCUAUUGGACAAGAAUUGUAGCUCCUGUGCCGUCUUCUUCGAUGCCUUUUAACAAACAAGCUAACACUGAGGACGUAAUAGAUUCCAGUAUUAGUUCACACGAAGAGGUUGUAGCAGCCGAACCAGUGCCGCCAAAAGAAAUUUGGCAAGAAAUUGAUGAGACACGUUUAGAUAAUAUCGACGAAUUUACGGAGCUCUUCUCCCGCCAGGCUGUGGUACCCAUUAGCAAGCCAAAAGAAAAGACUGAUAUCCGCCAGAAAACCAUAAAGAUACUGGAUAGUGAGAGAUCUAGAAAUGUCGGCAUUGUUUCCCGUUCUUUGCAUGUGGAUUUUUACGAAAUCGAGCACGCUAUUUAUCACGUGGAUACCUCUGUUGUUAGUUUAGAGACAUUGCAACAAAUUAUUAACAUUAAGGCUACAGAUAAAGAAUUGGAACAAAUUAAAGAGGCUGCCCAAAAUUCUAUACCCCUUGAUUAUCCUGAGAAAUUCUUAUGGAGAAUAUCGCAAAUAUGUAUGUCGACGGAGCGCAUCUCAUGCAUUGUAUUUCAAGCUGAAUUCGAGGAAGCGGCCACGGUAAUUAAGCGCAAACUUGAGGUUGUCAAGCAAUUAUAUCAAUUCCUUAUACAAAGCGCUGAGCUCAAACUGCUUUUCUCAAUUAUAUUAACUUUGGGCAAUUACAUGAACGGCGGCAAUCGUCAACGUGGCCAAGCCGACGGUUUCACUUUAGAAAUUUUAGGCAAAUUAAGAGAUGUCAAGUCCAAAGAGUCCCAUAUAACUUUGCUACAUUUCAUUGUUAGAACUUAUAUCGAUCGUAAACGUAAGGAGGGUGUGCAAUUAAUGGAAAUACCCCUACCGAUCCCUGAGCCUUCAGACGUCGAAAGGGCUACUCAAGUUGACUUUGAUGAAGUCAAACAUCAAAUUGUCGAACUAAGUCGCAAACUUAAGCAGCGUAAAGCGACAACGGAAAAAGUCAUCAUAAAUUCGACUGAAACAACAUUAGAGCCCUUCAAAUCGAAAAUGGAAGAAUUUAUAGAAAUCGCUACGAAAACUAUUGAUGAAUUGCAUACAGAGUUGGACGACUGCCGUGACAUGUUCAUCGAAAUAAUGAGAUUUUAUCAUUUCAUUCCGCGAUCAGGGAGCCUAGAGCAAUGCACGCCCAGUCAAUUCUUCGAAUAUUGGACCAAUUUUACAAAUGAUUUCAAAGAAAUAUGGAAAAAAGAAAUUGCAUCACUUUGGAAUGAAUUGCUAAGAAAGUCAAGAGAAUUGCAAACAGGUUCCCGUAGAACCGCGAAGACUACAAAACUGAAACCUGGUGGCCUCAAAGAUCGAAUUAUGCGCCUCAACAAAAAAUAACUUUAAAUUUUUGAUUUUCUUCUUACACUAUUUACGGCCUACGUUUCUAACUGUCGCACUCAAACGCACUUGCAUUUUUAGAAAGUAAUAACCGAUACACUCGCAUACGAACACA